UUUAUACAUGCAGCAACUUCUGAGUAGAUUGUUUACAGUAGUCAACCGCAGUAGCACCUUUUUGAAUUAUCACAAAAAGAUGGCAAGUGAUACGGGGAAGUCUGACAUACUAAAAUGGGCUAACGAGAAAGGAGAAUUUAUCAGAAAACCCAGUUCAUUCCGGAACUGGAUUACAGCUGAUGGUAGCUCAGGAUUCAAAGCAGAAGCUGGUAGAUAUCACCUCUAUGUCUCGCUCGCUUGCCCCUGGGCUCACAGGACACUCAUCGUACGCCAGUUGAAAGGUCUGGAAGAUGUCAUAACGUUCAACGUGGUGGAUUACCAUAUGGGGCCCAAUGGAUGGAGGUUUAAUCCAGAAGUUGAGGGAGCCACUCCUGAUACUGUCAACAGUUUCUCUAUGAUAAGGGAGGUCUAUUUCAAAGUUGAUCCUGAUUACACUGGUCGGUUCACAGUCCCAGUUCUUUAUGAUAAGGUGAAUGGUACUAUUGUUAAUAACGAGUCGUCUGAGAUAAUUCGUAUGUUAAAUACUGAGUUUAAUGAGUUCUGUGCUACUCCUGAAGCUAAAGCUCUUGAUCUCUAUCCUACUGAUCUGAGAGACACCAUCAAUAAACUCAAUGAAUGGAUUUACCCGUAAGUAAUUAAUGUACAG